CCGACCAAGGUGAGUGUCGUUGUUCCACAGAUGAGUUCACGUAACAAGUUGCUUGACACAACCAACAUACACAUGAAAUAUGGCGAGUUCGUCAAGAAAUGACACAAACAAGGUAUGCUGCUAUGCUCAUCCAGAUGCCCCGCUCAUCGAGGAUUAUCGUGCAGGGGACCAGAUCUGUUCCGAAUGUGGGCUUGUCGUGGGUGACAGAGUCAUAGAUGUCGGUUCCGAGUGGCGGACGUUCAGCAAUGAAAAAGCUGGCGUUGAUCCCUCUCGAGUUGGUGGACCUGAAAAUCCACUUCUCAAUGGUUCAGAUUUGUCUACGAUGAUCGGCCCGGGAACUGGAGCCGCUUCGUUCGAUGCUUUUGGGGCUUCGAAGUACCAGAAUCGUCGUACGAUGAGCAGCUCUGACAGAGCACUGAUAAAUGCUUUUCGUGAAAUAAACGGCAUGGCAGACCGCAUCAAUCUUCCUAAAACUAUUGUCGACAGGGCAAACAACCUCUUCAAACAGGUGCAUGACGGGAAAAAUCUGAAAGGCAGAUCAAAUGACGCAAUCGCAUCAGCCUGUCUUUACAUUGCGUGUCGACAAGAGGGGGUGCCGAGAACGUUUAAGGAGAUUUGUGCCGUGAGCAAAAUCAGCAAGAAAGAAAUCGGCAGGUGUUUCAAACUGAUUCUUAAGGCUCUUGAAACGAGUGUUGAUCUCAUAACGACUGGCGACUUUAUGUCAAGAUUUUGCUCCAACUUGGGACUACCCAAUAUGGUGCAGAGGGCCGCUACUCACAUAGCUAGAAAAGCCGUUGAAAUUGACAUUGUACCUGGAAGAUCUCCUAUAUCCGUGGCUGCCGCAGCUAUUUAUAUGGCAUCACAGGCGUCUGAAGACAAAAAAUCACAGAAAGAGAUCGGCGACAUUGCCGGUGUUGCUGAUGUAACCAUCAGGCAAUCGUAUAAGCUGAUGUACCAGCACGCAGCUAAGCUUUUCCCUGAGGACUUUAAAUUUGCAACACCCAUCGAUCAACUGCCUCAGAUGUAAAUUAGCUUCUUCCUAUGCUGGUGUUGGUGAGCGUUCACCAUUAUUUUUUUCCGUUUACUUCUCUUUUAGUUCACUGGCUGGUUAGAUUGGUUCAUUUAGAUGUUCAUCAACGACUUAUUGAAUCAUUGAUUACGAUUUGCAUUCCCACGUUGGCGCACAGUAUGACGAUUAUCGAUAUAUGUUUAAAUAUAUAUUUAUAUACUAUAUAUUUUUCUGCUUACAUCACUAAUAAGGCCGACGAAAAGGUUUUAACAUACAAAGUCUUUCUUAGAAUUUUGAUUAUUUCCACGAAGUGAUGACAGAUUUUUUUGCACUCCUGGAUUAACGUGCUAUACGCAGAAUUCGAAAAGCACAAUGCGGCAACACGUUCAAUUUGAUAUAGUUUAAAUCGCGGAAUUUAGACAAUAAUUGGUAGAUUGCAGUAUUUUUAUUCUACAUUUUUUUUUAUAUUCUAUUUUUUGUCUUCUUAAUGUACGGUUCCAUUGCAACAUAAUGUUGAAGUGAUUUGAAUAAUAAUUAUAUGCAGUUCAUAAUCGUUUGCGAAACGUUUUGAAUAUUUCAUUACUUGUAAUUAUUCCGAAGGUAAAUCGGUUCUCAGUCACCGUGUGUAACAAAUAUUUAGUAGAAUAGUAAUUAUUACCCUUUUGAAAUUUCCUAAUCUAUCCAGUAAUCUAUGACGAGAAUAUUAGACUGUAUGAAUUAUUAUAUGUUUUCGAACUUCCCAUCGCACCGUUAGUAACAAAAGAAACGUACUCGUUAAAAAUCGUUUUUAACAAUAAUUUAAUUAUUAUUGAUCGC